CCUGACUUUGGCUUGGAGGUUCCUUGCUUGUGCCGGAAUGCCAGUGCCGGAAUGGGACCUGGCCGAUCUGGACCGGAGCGCCUCCUGGUCUAUCCUACCAGUCGCCGACGGUCCCCGUCCCGUCGCCUCGCCUCGCAGUUCCCACCGCCCGCGGCCGUGCUCGCGCCUCCCCGCCUCCCGCCGUCGGCGUCAUGAGCGCGCUCCAAGCCUCCCUCCUCCUCCGCCCUCUCCCCUCGCCCCUGCCCGCGCGGCGCCGGCUGCCGCUCCCCUCCGCCUCCGCCUCCUUCCCCCGCGCGCCCCCGCACAGCCGCGCCCUGCUCUGCCUCCGCGCAUUGCCCCCCGGAGCGCCGCAGCCCGCCGCCCCCGAGCCGCCCGCAGCUGAGGCGGCGGCGCCCGCGGCGAAGGGCGGGAAGGAGGAGCUGGAGGACCUGGUGGAGAAGGCUAGGGCUUGGGCCGUGGCGUUCGCUGCCGCGGUCGUGGCCGCGGCGAGGAGAUUUGUCGACUGGGUGGUGUCCGGGGACUGGAUGAGCUGGUGGCCCUUCUGGAGGUCCGACCGGCGACUGCAGCGGCUGAUCGACGAGGCGGACGCCAAUCCCAUGGACGCCGCCAAGCAGAGCGCGCUUCUCCAUGAGCUCAACAUGUUCAGCCCUGAAGAUGUCAUCAAAAGGUUUGAGCAAAGAAGCCAUGCUGUGGAUAGCAAGGGGGUUGCAGAGUACCUUCGAGCGCUUAUUCUCACCAACGCAAUAGCUGAUUACCUUCCAGAUGAACAGUCUGGGAGGUCUGCAAGUCUGCCAGCCCUGUUGCAAGAAUUGAAGCAACGUGUAUCUGGGAAUGAGAACAAGCCUUUCUUGAACCCUGGGAUAUCAGAAAAGCAACCGUUACAUGUAGUAAUGGUUGACCCCAAAGCUACAGGUAGAUCAACACGCUUUGCUCAAGAGAUCUUCUCGACUAUCUUGUUCACAAUCGCUGUCGGAGUAAUGUGGGUAAUGGGUGCUGCUGCGCUUCAAAAGUAUAUUGGUAGCUUAGGUGGAGGUGGGGCAUCUGGUGUUGGUUCUAGUUCAUCAUAUUCUCCAAAAGAAUUGAAUCAGGAUAUCAUGCCAGAGAAGAACACCAAGACAUUUAAAGAUGUCAAAGGCUGUGAUGACGCAAAGAAAGAACUUAAGGAGGUAGUCGAGUAUCUCAAAAACCCUGGAAAGUUCACUCGCCUUGGUGGAAAGCUACCAAAGGGAAUACUCUUGACUGGAGCUCCAGGAACUGGGAAGACACUGCUUGCGAAGGCUAUUGCUGGAGAAGCCGGUGUACCAUUCUUUUACCGAGCAGGUUCUGAAUUUGAGGAAAUGUUUGUUGGUGUUGGUGCUCGGAGAGUGAGGUCCUUGUUUCAAGCUGCUAAGAAAAAGGCACCAUGCAUUGUCUUCAUUGAUGAAAUAGAUGCUGUGGGUUCAACCAGAAAACAGUGGGAAGGGCAUACAAAGAAAACAUUACAUCAACUUCUUGUUGAGAUGGACGGUUUUGAACAAAAUGAGGGAAUAAUAGUAAUGGCUGCAACAAACUUGCCUGAGAUUCUUGAUCCAGCACUCACAAGACCUGGUAGAUUUGAUAGGCAUAUUGUUGUCCCAAGCCCUGAUGUGCAUGGUCGCCAAGAGAUUCUAGAGCUCUAUUUGCAAGACAAGCCGGUGGCCAGUGAUGUGGAUGUCAAUGCAAUUGCCCGUAGUACCCCUGGCUUUAACGGGGCUGACCUGGCAAACCUGGUAAACAUUGCAGCAAUUAAGGCUGCAGUUGAAGGUGCUGACAAGUUGACUGCCGCGCAGUUGGAGUUUGCUAAAGAUCGUAUUAUUAUGGGAACUGAGAGGAAAUCAAUGUUCAUAUCUGAUGAAUCAAGAAAGCUUACUUCAUACCAUGAAAGUGGACAUGCUAUUGUUGCACUAAACACCAAGGGUGCUCAUCCCAUUCACAAGGCAACUAUCCUCCCUCGUGGGUCUGCACUCGGAAUGGUCACACAGCUCCCCUCACAGGAUGAGACCUCUAUUAGCAAAAAACAACUUCUGGCACGUCUUGAUGUUUGCAUGGGUGGGAGGGCUGCCGAAGAGCUCAUCUUUGGGAAAGAUAAUGUUACAACUGGGGCAAGAAAUGAUCUUCUUACUGCAACAGAGCUUGCUCAGUACAUGGUAUCAAACUGUGGGAUGAGUGAUGCUAUUGGUCCUGUGCAUGUGAAAGAACGGCCCAGUGUAGAGAUGCAAUCAAGGAUAGAUGCUGAGGUGGUGAAACUCCUAAGAGAAGCUUAUGAGCGGGUCAAGUGUUUACUUAAGAAGCAUGAGAAGCAAUUACACGCUUUAGCAAAUGCCUUGCUGGAGCGUGAAACACUCACUGCAGAUGAGAUCAAGAAAGUAGUUCAUCCGUACCAAGAAGAACCCCAGCUUUCCUUCCAAGAUGAGUUUGCCCUCAUUUAAAAGAUUCUUUUGUUGCUUCAAGACAGUAGUCACCGGCUGUGAAUUGUAAAUCCAUGUACAGUCAGUGGCGCCGAGAUAAAGCAUGGGAGUUCUUUCAGUUCUCUCCUGUAAAAUGGGGCGCAACACACAUGUUGCAUUUUCUUCUCGGCACCAUUUGGCGAACAGACUUGAAAUCAGAAGAUGAGAAGAUUGUUGCAGAGGCUGAUGCAUGCUUAUUGAUAAUUGCUGUGAUGGAAGACCGCCAUGGAGCGCGCCAAGAUUUGGGUUGCAAAGUCCUUCAUACUUUUGAUUUAGCUAGGAGAGAAAUAUAGGUGUAACAUUGCAUAUUCUGAAUGCUAGGUUUCUGGUUAGGCUGACAUGUUUUUACCACGUUCAUUUUACCUUUUUCUUGACAUUUGUUGUAAGGAAACCGUACAUAUAACGGCUGGUUCUGAGGUGAAACAAUACACCGGCAUGUAUUCAUAUUGCUAACAUACUACUUCUUUCUCUUUUAUUCGUUGUUUAGAA